CUGAGUUAGAAGUUGAUAUGGGUCAUAAUCCUGUUGAUGACAGAAACCCUGUUUUGCCUUCUAAGAGAAAAUGUAGGAACAUUAAACGUCAUGGGUAUAAGAAUUGCAAAUCUGAUUUCUUGAAGAAAGGGUCGAAAAGUUUUGAUGAGUUUGGGGCUGGCGUAGACGAAGACUCUAGGCGAUUUUUGUCCAGUGAUGCGAUACCAUUACUGACAAAUGACGGCUACAAUGGUAGAGGUGAUAUAAUACCAUCACUGAUAAAUGAUGAGAGCAAUGACAAUGGUGUCAAUGAUGAUGAUCUAUACGAGGAUCCACAUUAUAAGAUUUUUCUGGAUAGUCUAAGAGUAGAGGGAAAGUCAUUCGUGAUUGAAGUGAAUGAAAAAAAUGGCAUUUAUGAGCCUUUGAAAUAUGAUGCUAAAGAGGGCUAUGAUGCUGGGUUGGACUUAGGCAACCAGAGGAAAAUGAAGGCAAUGGUAGAGGGAUAUGUUGACGAUGAUAAGUCUAAUUCUUUAAGUGGUUCUAAACUGGAUUCUCUACUAGUAUUUAGUAGUACUACUAAAAGACAAAGGAGGCAGUUUGUGGUUGAGGAUUAUACGAGCUCUGAACCUAUUCAUUCUAAUCCUAUCAAGAAUCAGGCAAGCUUGGUUGAAGAAGUUGGUAAUGAAGGCACCUCUUCAUCUAACAGGAAAUGCAAGACUAAUGUGCAAGGUGAAAAGGGAAAGUCUCGAAUCUUGAAAAAUUCAAGGAAGGUCACCAGAAGAGGGAAGUUGGAAGCCACGGCAAAUGUAGAGAAAAAGAAUGAUCAUGAAUGUGAUGAAGAUUAUCAGAGUUACAAGAAUCAUUUAAGCAUUGAUGGUAAAAAUAUGGUUCUGAAAUACGAAAAUGCAUGGCCCGUAAUAUAUGAGAAUGAUGAGCUUCUACUAAAUGUCGAAACAAAUAAUAGGACAUAUUCCGUGAAGAAAGAAAGAACUCAGCUCGAUGCAGAUGCUGGAGGACCUGAUGCUAGUGUGAUUGGAGAUGAUAGCUGCCAUUAUGUUGGCACUCCAAGUAGGCAUUCCCCAUUCAGAGAACAAGUGAUGAGGACUUUAAGAAAGCCCUAUGACUCAAUGGAACAUAAAAAACUUUCACAAGAUAUCCUAGCUCGAAAGCCAAUAGCACGCAAUCUGGACUUGCGUAAUGGGAGGGAGCAGAUCUAUUUAAUGAAUAAAGAGGGAAAAUCAUAUCUUGAUCACUUCUAUGAUCUUAAAAGGAAGCUUCAAGCGGCUAAAACUGCCCAUGAAGAGUUAAAUUUGUUACGCGGGUUCUUCUUUUGGUUACAGAAUCUAACUCAGGAAGGAGCAUUCAGACCUUGGAAGGAUGCAUCAUGUCUUGUCCUAUAGCUACAAGCUUGCUUGAUGUUUUGGCACUUUGGCUAUUGCAUAUUUCGGGAAUAUAAAUUAACAUAGUGGUGGGAGCACUGCAUGACCAUUUUGUAGGGCAUAAUCUUAAGCACUCUAUGAUUUUUGAAUUGGUUAUUGGUUUUGCAUGGGGCUCUCAAAUGUUGCUACCCCUAAGCCCAACUAUUGUUUGUUAGGAACAAACAAAACAAGAUUUGAAGCAAAUGU